AUGUCUUCAACGCCUACUACAGAAAUUAUUCCCUUCAUUGAAACAGCUUCAAUGAGCAAAAAACGGAAGAAUUUAAUUAAAACCCUCCUACAGGUAUUUUUCAACAAAAAUAUUUUCAACUUCAUUUCAAUAAGAUUUCCAGAUUCUCCCAUUGCGCAAUAUUAUGCUAUUCAGCAAGGGAAAUAUUCGUGAGCAUGAAUAUUUUACAAAAAAAUUCGAUCGUGAACUUCUUCCAAUCGGCCGUCACGGUUUGACAGCUGGCUGGUUGUUUGAAUCUUUGCAACAACUUUUGAAUGUUGAUCAAGUUCAAAAUGUGCAAUGUGAGCAACUUGGAUCGGAUGGUUUUGUAUCGCAAAUUAUGCGAGUAACAGUUCAAAUGAAGGAUUUAACAGAAAAAAGAGUGAGUUUGCAAAAAACUUGAAAUAAAACAACAGAAAAAAUAUAUUUCAGUAUAUCGUUAAGAUGCCGGAAACAACUAAUAUCAAAAUUGCGCUUGAAAAAACUACUAAUCAAAAAUUACCUGAUGGUGCUGAUGAACAAUUUAUUGGUGGUUUAUCAGUGUUUUUCAAUAGAGAAGUCGAUUUCUAUUCAAUGGAAAAGAUUCCGGGUGUCAGAACCCCAAAAUGUUAUCAUAAGCAACGCUGGGAACUUGGAAAACAAACUGGUGCUAUUGUUAUGCAAGAUUUGAAAGGAAUGAUAAGUGUUCCUUAUUAUGAAUCUUUGAAUCUCCAACAAAUUGCAUCAAUUGGUACUCAACUUAAUAAUCUACAUAUUUUCUCAAUUGAUAUGGAUGAAACAUGGAAACAAAAAUUCCCAUAUCCAAUGCAAUUGAUUGAUACCGUAUCAAACAUGUCGGAUAUUGUCAAAUUAUUUGUCUCGAGAAAUCCUCAAUUGGAAGAGGGAUUUGCAAAAGUUGAGAAAAUGUAUACAGAUCGCAAUCUAUUUAUUGCACUUCUCCGUGAUUCUCACAAAACUCUUGGAAUUGAUGACUUUUUGUGCCACGGAGAUUUGUGGUUUUAUAAUUUGAUGUGGCUUCCAAGAACAAUGGGAAGUGAAAUGGCAUCAAACCACAUUGGUUCAAUUAUUGAUUGGCAAAAUAUUCACACCGGAAGUAUUGCCGAAGAUUUUUGUCAUCUUCUCACAUUCUGUUGUGAUGCCGAAACUCGUCGACAAGCCGAAAACUGUUAUCUUCCAUUUUACUACAACAUGUUAAAAAAUAAUGCUGCACUUGCUGGCAAAAAAUUGAGAGUAACUCUCAAUCAAUUUCUUCGAGCAUAUCGCAGAAAUUUUAUUGCACAUGCUCUUCAUCUUCCAUUUAUCGCUUCAAUUAUGCUCUGUGUUCAACCAUCAGAAGACGCAGAAGAGCAAAAAUCUCGAAAUGAAGUGAGUUAAAACUAAAACAAUUCAAGAAGACAUCCUAAAACCGAAUAAUUUUCAGAGCAUUGUUGAAAAAGUUAUUGGCGCAUGGGAAGACGCCCUCCAAGCAAUGCGAGAAGAAUAUCCAGAAUAUGAGCUUUAA